AUGUCUGCCUUGACACCUCAAAGCGAUAUGCCAACCCCCACUACAGACAAGAUCACGCAGGCUGCCAUGGAGACCAUCUAUCUUUGCAAAUUCCGAGUGUCAAUGGAUGGAGAAUGGCUCUGCCUGCGCGAGCUGGAUGACAUCUCACUUACCCCCGACCCAGAACCUACCCAUGAAGACUCUUGGGAGGAUUUGACAGAUUUGGUGGAGCAAUUGCGUGAUGAUACUGAAGAUCCUAAUUAUCUCAUGGCUAAUGAACGCAUGAACCUGAUGAAUAUGGCUAAACUGAGUAUAAAGGGGUUGAUUGAAUCAGCACUUAAUCUGGGCAGAACACUAGAUUCUGACUAUGCACCUCUUCAGCAGUUCUUCGUAGUGAUGGAACACUGCCUUAAACAUGGCUUGAAAGCCAAGAAGACUUUUCUGGGACAAAAUAAGUCGUUUUGGGGACCUCUGGAGCUGGUAGAGAAGCUUGUUCCUGAAGCUGGAGAGAUCACAGCAAGUGUUAAAGAUCUGCCGGGGCUUAAGACCCCUGCGGGUAGAGGAAGAGCCUGGCUUCGCCUGGCCUUAAUGCAGAAGAAGCUUUCAGAAUACAUGAAAGCUUUGAUUAACAGAAAGGAUCUUCUCAGUGAAUUUUACGAGCCUAAUGCUCUCAUAAUGGAAGAGGAAGGUCACAUAAUUGCUGGCCUCCUAGUAGGGUUGAAUGUCAUUGAUGCAAACUUCUGCAUGAAAGGAGAAGACUUGGAUUCACAGGUUGGAGUUAUUGAUUUUUCAAUGUACUUGAAGGACACGAACAGCAGUAAGGGCAAUGAAGGAGAUGGUCAGAUAACUGCUAUUCUGGACCAGAAAAAUUAUGUAGAAGAACUCAAUAGACACUUAAGUGCCACUGUAAACAAUCUGCAGGCAAAGGUGGAUGCUUUAGAAAAAUCCAACACUAAACUUACUGAGGAGCUUGCAGUUGCAAACAACAGGAUUAUAACACUGCAAGAAGAGAUGGAACGAGUUAAAGAAGAAAGUUCUUACCUCUUGGAAAGUAAUCGUAAGGUAACUAAGCAAGACAGAACUGCAGAUGGACUUGCACUGAGUGAAGCACGGAAACAGUUAAAGGAGGAGACUCAGCUCCGGCUGGAUGUAGAAAAAGAACUAGAGGUGCAGAUUGGAAUGAGACAGGAGAUGGAGCUGGCCAUGAAGAUGCUGGAAAAAGAUGUUUGUGAGAAGCAGGAUGCACUAGUGGCACUCAGGCAGCAACUAGAUGAUCUCAGGGCACUAAAGCAUGAACUCUCCUUCAAGCUGCAGAGUUCAGACCUGGGAGUGAAACAGAGGAGUGAAUUAAACAGCCGUUUGGAGGAGAAGACAAAUCAGAUGGCUGCUACUAUUAAACAGCUUGAACAAAGAUUGCGACAGGCAGAGAGAGAACGUCAGUCUGCUGAGGGGGACAACCGGCUCUUCAAGCAGGAAUUUGGUGACAAGAUCAACAGUCUUCAGAUGGAAGUGGAACAGCUCACCAAGCAGCGGGGUCAACUUGAACAAGAAUUGAAACGGGAAAGAGACAGAUGGUCACCAAUCCACCAGGGUAUCCAAGAAAACAAAAUCACAGUAGCCCAAGGCAAGGGCUGCCAGAAGAUGCAAUUAAAAAUGGAUGGAAAGCAGAAAAUCCAGGAAGAAAAUGCCAGACUGAGAGAGCCUGGAAGAGGGGAAAAUGCUGUUCUUCCAAACAAGAUACAGUCUGUCAUACAAGAAGAGCAGGAACUGCCAUCUGGACCUGGAAAAUCACAGAUAUGCCAGCUGUGCCAAGAGGAAGGCAGUCUCACCAAAACAAAGAACAUUUGCAAGAACUGUGGCGGAAUCUUCUGUGAGGCCUGUUCAGCUAAUGAACUGCCCCUUCCAUCCAGCAUUAACCCAGAGUGUGUUUGCAACACAUGUCACAAACAGCUGAUACAGCAAUAUUCGACAAGCCCAUUGUAGGACUCCGCAUGUGGGACAGUGAUGACCAAUCAAGGUUUGGUCCAGCUAUAAAAUCUUGUAGCUUAGGUCUCGGGUCUGAAGCUGUUCAGGCGAGUUUCUAGAGAAGCUCUUUUCCCUCUGCUCUUGCAAGGUCAAAGAGCGGAAGUACAUUAUUAUGUUCACAUUCUCUCACAACUGUCAAUUUAAAAUGCUGGUCCACGCCUUCCUUAAGGAAAACACCCCCACUUUCAGGCAUGAGCUGCUGUGCGAAGAACUGUUCAGAGUUUCGUGUCAAAGUAGCCUUAAUACAUGUACCAUGGCAACUACAAGAAGAGGUAAAAACGCAUGUACGAAGGUUUACUUAAGUGCUUUGUUUGAAGGCAAAAUGGAAUGAAACCGAUGGUAACUGAAACAAAGAACGAGAAGGUAUUUUUCACCAGCAUGUGUGGCUCUGCUUAAAACACCACUUUCCCUUUUCCCUUCUCUCCUUGGCAGUUCUACUGAACUGUGAUGCUCCAGUUCAAAGAGAAAAAUCCCACAAAAGAACUGGGAAUUAAAUGUGUGGGGCACAUUGUUACUCAAUUCAGUCCUCUCUUGGGCUCCAGUUGGGUUGUGUGGAGUAACAUCAACAGUUGAGGGGAAAGAUUUAAAAGAUUUGGGGGUUAUUUUUUUGAGGAGUGUGUGAGAUAUGAGAACUGAAUAGCAGCCAUUUCGCUCAGCACAGUACACUCGAAAGUUCUCAUAGCAAAAUACUCAAACAUUAUUUAAAUACAACUUUGUGGAGGUUUUUUUGUUUUUUUUGUUUUUUUUUGGUAAAAACAGACACCUCUGAACUUUAUAGUGGAGGUUCUCGUUGUGACUUAUGGUAGCUGUGACAUUCUAAAGACUAUAAGUCUGUUUUGUCUUGACCUGAUAAUUAGAGGAUGGAUCUUGACUCCAAAAUAUUUAAAUAGGGAGGGGGGAAAAAAACAAAAAACCCUGGUCUUUAUUUAAACAGAAUAUUUAGGGGCACGUUUGUACAUUCUGUCCAACAGACCGUUCCUACUAAUGUCAUGCACAUUAAUCAGCUGUUCAAGCAGCAAAUGUGUUGUUCUUUUAUUAAAAUAUAGUCAUAAGACUGAUCAUUUUUUAGCCACAAGGAGGAGGGGCUGCUAGCAGGAGACUCAAAUGUGCUAAUCUGAAAUUCACUUUCAAAUAGGUUUUAUGGUUCAUACAAAGAUAAUCUGACAUAGUAAGGCUUCUCUGCUACACCAAAAGACAAGACCUUCGUUCUGAAGUACACAGCCACUUGUACCUCUCUAUCUGAGGGCUCCAGCCUCCCCCCAUGCCAAAACUGCAAAAUUACAAAUGCUGGUAUGCAUCCCUCCCCAAAGAGAGGGGCUUAGUUUAUUUGGCCUACUUUGUAUUGGAAACCUAACUGAACCAUUAAGACCACAGAAUGUACUGUAAUGUUAGAAAACUGACUUAUGUAUAUUUAUAUGUAUUUGGGGGUGUUGCAUUAAUUUUUGUACAAAUCUAUAGGGAAACCUGGUUUAUUUCUCUAAAGGUGAUUAUAUGCAAAUUAAAUGUUAGAACUACAUUGAAAGUUUGUAGAUGAGUUCAGGCCACUUGAUUGGGCGAGUGAUGGUGAUCAGUAUAUAAUCUAGUCGGACUCUCCCUCACCUGACUGCAGGGAACUAGUGGGGCCUCUUUCAUAGGAGCCAACAGGAGGGAGUGAAUGGGACUCAGGAAAGUAGGGGGAACAGAGAGGAAAACAUUACAAGAUCAAUUUGAAAUGGUUUAAUUACUAUUUUAAGGGGGAAAUAUUAGAAUAUCUUCCUGCAAUUGACUAUAGCAACUUCUCAGGAGGAAUUAAAAAAUAAAGUAGCUUUGUGUUUGGAAUCUAAGUGGGAAAUAUAGUGCUUUCAUACGUUCAACUUUCUAUUUUCCAGGAAGAGUUUUUUAAUUAGGGUCACCAGCGCAGAGUCAGGGACAGCACUUUGACUGGAAAAGAUACUUGACUAAUGGAUCUUUUAUCCGAAGGUGAAGUUGAUGGCUUUUGCAGGGAGGAUAUUCAAUAUGCAUAUACUGUACAAAUCUACAGGAUUUUAAAUCUGCUAGUCAGAGUAGAAAAUGUAAUGUAAGCCAUUCUGAGAGCAUUUGGCUAUUAUAGUGCUUAAUUUUCAUGUGUCAAUGCUGACAUGUCCAUAUUCCCUUGUGAGUGUGAUUAGAAGCUCCAAGAUGGUAGCUGAUUCCUUGGUUGCCUUUAUACCUUCUUUUGAUCUUCACAAAAAGGAAUUUUGCUACUACCCUUCUUAAAUACUAAUGCUGCAAUUCUAACGUCUCCAUUUUUAAAAGCCGGAUAUAGUCACAUAUAUAAACAGGUUUUCCCAGUUACAUAAAAUUCACUGUGCUUAACAACUUAAGUUUACUUCAGCCAUGAGGAGUUAGUAACAUAUUUGUGUACAUCUGAGAUUCAGGAAGAGAGCUAAAAUUAAAUGUCAGAAUUACAAUGUGAGCUCCAAGAUGGCUCCUACAGAGGUCCUCUGAUGUCAUCCUCAGUAUUAAAGACUUGUAAAUGCAGUGCUGGCUACAUUACUGUACACAAUGUUGAAUACUACCUCUAAGGGAAAUUCUUCAAGCACGUUUGCUCCGAUAUUGUUUGUAGGUGUAGCCCUGAAAGCUAAGUGGGAGGGGGAAGGUAUUUUCUGGCCCACUUGUUCCACACAAAAUAAAACUGUU